GCCAGGUGCGUCCAAACAUUAAACCCCGCCCACUUAUAUCCUAAAAAAACAUGAGCGCUGUCUCUCAUGGAGAAACGAAAGGACACUUUUAAAGACAUUUUUUUUACACUUUUAAACAUGUCCCAACUACUUCAUUCCACUUCGGAACCAUCUUGGAGUAUCAAGACGACACCGGUGCUUUAGGACGCCUUUUCCCUCACCACCACCGCCACACCACCGGGAGGGACGGAGCGGUUCGUGGGAAAAAUGUGUUGUCAUGUCGGGCAGCAGCAAACAUGGCUACCCCGUCGUCUACCGGGCUGCUCGGUUUGACAACCGAACUUGGUCGCUUCUAGCCUGAAUAGCUUGGAAAGUCCCUCACGGAAAACAGCCGACUUUAACCGACUAGGGGAAGGAGGGCGAGGGCUUGAAGCCGCCAUGGAGCCACGGCACAGGGAACUGCUGGAGAAGUGUCACCAGAACUUGGCCGAGUCUGUCACCGACGUGGAGCAGCUUGUGGAGGUCCUGUCCCGCGGUGGCACCCUCAGCCCCGCCGAGCGUCAUGAGUUAGCCGCCCGUAGUAGUGGUGGUGGUGGCGGCUCCUCGUCCUCCAACGCGGAGAAAGUGGGGCUUUUGUUGAAGAUUCUGCUCCGCAAGGACCGGGACCACUUUGCGGAGUUCUGCUCGGCCCUGGAGGAGACGAAUCCUCACCUGCAGUCGGUGCUGCUCACCGGAACCGGCGGGCCCGUAGACCACAGCACGGGUUCCACUAACAGCGUCUUGUCCACCAUGCCGUCUGACUCGGAGAGCAGCAGCUCUCUAAGCAGUGCAGGCACGCCCACUCCUACCUCCUCUCCGCCGCUCGUCCACAUGGCCAGCCACCGGGCGCACGAGAAGAUGGACACUGUCCUGUUUCAGCUUCGCCACGUGACCCGGGAGAGGGACGAGCUGCGCAAGCGUCUGGCACUCUCCUCACCUGGAAGCACCUUUGAUGACUGCAGGCCCAACUCGAAAGCAGGUCACGACUACGAGCGCCUGAAGCUGCAGUGCAUGACGGCCAUGGCCGACCUGCAGUCCCUGCAGAACCAGCACAGCACCACCCUCAAGAGGUGCGAGGAGGCUGUGAAGAAGGCCGACUUCUACCACACGCUGCACAGCCGCUUGGCCAGCGAGCACAACCAGCUGAAGGAGGAACUGGAGGUGGUGAGGCUGGACAAUGUGCAGCUGGUCCGGGAGCACAACCAUGCCAAGCAGGCCUGCGAGGAGCUGAGGAGGCUGCAUGACGACGACCAGAGAGAGGUUGCUGACAUGAGGAUGCUGCACCAACAGAAUGUGGGAGGAAACCUGAGUACCCGGAGAAAACACGAACAGGGCAAACAUGCAAACUCCACACAGAGAUGCCCAAACGGAGAUCCAAACCCAGAUUUAUCCGCUCUCACCUCUACAGUGAUGAGAGAAGGUUCCUCUGAUGCCCUCAACAAGCUGUAUGACUCAGCUGUGGACAAACUGGAGACGGUAAGAAGCGACUAUGAUGGCCUGAGGAAGCUUUACAACGAAAAGACAGCGAGUCACAACGCCGACCUGAGCCGCUUGGACCACGUGGAGGAGGAGAACCACCAUCUCCAGAAACAGCUGGACAUGCUACUGAAGCAGAGGGACGCCGCCAUCCACUACCAGCAGCAGUACUCAUCGUCCAUACGAAGGUUCGACAACACCCAGCAAGAGCUCUCCAAGGCUGCUGCCCAGAAUAUGGAGCUGCAGCGGGAGAUGGAGCGCCUGCAGUCGGAGGCAACGCGAUUCAAAACCCAGCAGCUCAAAGCGGCCAAAGAAUGCGACAAGUACAAGGAGGAGCGGGACUCGGUCAUCAACGAGUACCGGCUCAUCAUGAGCGAGCGCGACCAGGUGAUCAAGGAGGUGGAGAGGCUGCAGACCGGGCUGGAGGUUGCUGAGGCCAAGCUGAAGAACACUUCCUCGGAAAGGCGAGUGGCCAACGAGGAGCUGGAGGCUCUCAGACAGGAACUGGCCUCAUCCCUGAUGGACAGAGACCGGGCCAUCUGCGAGAAGAACGAGCUGCUGGAGAAGUACUGCCACGAGGUGAAGGACAAGGCCGAGGCCCAGAAGGAGCUGAGCCAGGCCUGCAAGGACAUCAAGACAGUGCGCGAAGAGCGCGAUGUGGCCCGCAAAGAGAGGACUGAGGCCAUCAUCCAGCGUGACCAGCUGCUCCGGGAGUAUUACCAGGCCAGACAGAAACAAGAUUCAGCCACUCUGGACAUGGAGAGAGCCAACAAGGAGAUUGAGAUGCUGAGGAAGCAGUAUGAGGUCAUCAGUCAGGAGCUGAAGGAGGCCCUGCAGGAGGCAGAGGUGGCUAAGUGUCGACGGGAUUGGGCCUUCCAGGAGAGGGAUAAGAUAGUGGCGGAGAGAGAAAGCGUACGUACGUUGUGUGACAACCUGAGGCGAGAGAGGGACAGGGCUGUGAGCGACCUGGCGGACGCACUGAGGAACCUGGACGACAUCAGGAAGCAGAAGAACGAUGCCGUGCGUGAGCUCAAGGAGCUGAAGGAAAAAAUGGAGGAUCAGUUGGAAAAGGAGGCACGGUUUCGUCAGCUGAUGGCUCACAGCUCACACGAUUCCGCCAUCGACAUGGACUCAGUUGAAUGGGAGACGGACGUCGUAGAGUUUGAGAAGCGCAGAGACAUGGAUUUGAAAGCACUUGGCUUUGAUAUCGCAGAGGGGGUAAAUGAUUCUUAUUUACCAGGAGACUGUGGGGUGUUUGUCAGUAAGGUGGACAAAGGAAGUCUGGCAGAGGGCAGAUUGAGAGUGAACGACUGGCUGCUGAAGAUCAACAACGUGGACUUGACCAACAAGGACAGGAAGCAGGCCAUCAAGGCGGUGCUGAGUGGAGAGGGCGUGAUCAAUAUGGUGGUCCGCAGGAGGAAAUCAGUGGGAGGACGCGUCGUCACGCCGGUACAGAUAAACCUUGCUGGACACAAAGAAUGUGGCAUCGGCGUGGAGAGUGGAGUGUUUGUUGCCUCGCUGGCGCCCGGCAGUCCAGCCGUCAGAGACAAUGCUCUCACAGUCGGGGACAGGCUGAUAGCUAUUAAUGGCAUCUCACUAGACAACAAGUCACUCCCCGAAUGUGAAGCUCUUCUUAGGACCUGCCGCGAGUCCCUCUGCGUCUCCCUUGCCAAGUUCCUGCCACAGAGUUGCUCUGGCCAGAGUUUAUUUGAAAGUGUGAGGGACUCAGCCCCCCGUCUCCAACCCUGCGACGUGCACGCCAGAAACUGCCGCAACUCCAAGCACACAUGCUCCAAGCACAACUGCUCCACGCAGACCGACAGCUGCAACUGUGAGAAAGCGUGCCACAACCCAGUCGACCUGGAUGGUGGUUGUAGUGUUCGCCAGCACAAACCCUUUUCCAAAGAUUCGCUGCACUCCCGCAGUCCCUCAGAACCCCUGCCAGAGUUGUGCUACAGGAGGCAGAAUUCCCACCAUCGCCCUUUUGCCUUCACUCCUGUGCUCGACGACUGCCCUCCUCCUUCGGGGAAGGCUGGCGGAGGCACGUGGCCCAAAGUCAUUGUUGGAGCAUCAAUACCGGAGUGUGCACAGCUCUCCAUCUACAAGAGAACCAAACAAAGGAAGUCCAUCUUUGACAUGAACACCUUUAGGAGACCGGAUGCUCCCCCAAAACUGGACUACAUGUCACUUUCCCAACUGUCCAAACACUCACCGCAGAGCUCAUUCGUGGACUCUACACAAGCUCCGCCUACCCCGCCAGCCAGGAGUGAUUCGUUCCGGUUCAAACAUUCCCAACAGAGCAGCUCGGCGUCUGAGUCCACUCUUCCGGCCUCUCCGACGAGAGGGACCAGUCCUGUCAUGGAGGGAGAGACUGGGCAGCAGCUCUACUAUGCCGCCGCUCCUCAAAGAGAAGGCAAGAUGCAAACGGAGGAGGACAGGGCUCAACACAGGGAGCUCGAAAAGAGAAGGUACCGGCCAAAAUCAGCACCGGCGCGGGGACGAAAUGUGACUCCUUUACACAUUCCCGUUCCAAUGCAGGUUCAAAGUUUCUCUAAUGAUGAGCAUUCACCAGAGCCGAUGGACCUGUUACGCUUCUCCCCAAUGCGAAACAAUCGGUACAGCAUGCACUUUGCGCCACCCAGCUACAACAGUGUUGUGACACAUUCAGCACAGCGAGGUUUAGCGUCAUGCUCAAACAAGACGGCUGUGACAAGGAGCCCGGUUUACACCACCUGGAGCCACGAGACCAGCAACUGUCCCCCAGCACCCACCUCAAAUGUGCACAUGUAUUCACCCGCAAGUCCUCAGCAUCAAGGUCGCCACAGUGUGGACCUCAACCACAAGCUGGCUGGGGAUUCUUCCGAGAGCAACUCCAGCCAACCACCGCACAACACACACUCCCUCCCCUCCAGACUAGGCUCCCUUAGUGCAUUGCAGUUCAGGGCAGAGCGUAUCAAGAUUACGCCAAUUCGUUAUCCAGGCUCCACUGGAUCUGACAGAGGCUCCUGCUGUCAUUCGGAGUGCAGCUCCCCGACGACACCUCCCAAGUCCCCCGUGACCCUGGAUACGUCCUCCUUCGCCAGCAGCCAAUCCACGAGCUCCAUCUCCACCCAGCUCAGGAUAUCCAUCAGCCCCGUUCCGGUCGGUGACGGCCGGAAGGAUGGAUUUGUCUCUAACACCUCCGUCAGGCAUCAGCAGGCAGUGAGGCCUAAAUUCCUCUCUUUACGGUACUUGAGGCCUUAUCUGGAGGAGCCACGUAACGUGACUGUGCAGAAAGGAGCGGAACCGUUGGGGAUCUCCAUCGUGAGCGGAGAGAACGGUGGCGUGUUUGUGUCCAAAGUGACGGCGGGAAGCAUCGCCCACCAAGCUCAUUUGGAGUACGGAGACCAGCUCCUAGAGUUUAAUGGAAUAAACUUGCGCAAUGCAAAUGAGCAGCAGGCGCGCUUGGUGAUCGGGCAGCAGUGCGACACCGUCACCAUCUUGGCUCAGUACAAUCCUCACAUGUUUCAGCUGGGCAAUCACUCUCGAUCAAGCUCUCGGAUGGAGUCCGUCAACAACCAGCCCGUCCCCCAGGACAGCAGCGCCAACACACCAGAUGACCGCUCCGUUGGCGACACCCUCAGCGAGCAGGAUGAGGGCACCAUGACGCCCCCGUCCAAGCAGACCACUCCGGCCACCAGCCCUCACAGCUCCUUCAGGCUUCCCAGUUCAGGUUUGCGUCGGACUGCCGAGCCCAGACUGGUGAAGUUAAGGAGGAUCCAGGCGGAGCUGGGAGUCCAUAUCUGCGGAGGAAACCUUUACGGCAUCUUUGUGGAAAGCCUGGAUGACAACAGUCCUGCCAAAGCUCCUGACGGCCUCCUUCCUGGAGACCUCAUACUGGAGUACAAUGGCAUCAGCAUGAAGAACAAAACCAAGGAGGAGGCUUACAUCGAGUUGAUAAAACCAGCUGAAACUGCCACUUUUAAGGUAAAAAACUGCGCGGAUGAGCUCGCCGCUGCCAAAGAGAUCCCCGGAGAUGGAUUUUUCAUCAGAACGCUUUAUGAGAGGGUUGCUGACACUGAGCAGGAGCUAAGCUUUAAGAAGGAUGACAUCCUGUACGUUGAGGACACCCUACCGAACGGCGCCUUCGACUUCUGGAUGGCGUGGCAACUGGACGAGAAAGCGCAGAAGUUGGAGAAAGGGCAGAUUCCGGGCAAAUACAUGAUGGACCAAGAGUUCUACAGGAGGCAUGGGAUGGCUGACAUGAAAGAUGAUUGUGGCAGUGGCAAAACCAUGUCCGCAGCCGCCCGCAGGUCCUUCUUCCGUCGGAGGUUGAAGCACAAGCGCAACGGCUCCAAGGAUGGCAAGGACCUGAUGGUGGGGGAUGCCAUGAUGUGUGAUUAUUUACCCAUCACAGAAGAUGGCGCCAGCCUCCUGUACCAGCGGGUCCGGAAGGUGGAGUGCUUAGCUCCUAGACCGGUGCUGAUCUUGGGUCCGUUGGCCGAGGCCAGCAAGGAUAUGUUGGUGAACGAGGCUCCCGACAGGUUCUGUCGUUGUCUGCCCGAGAUCAUGAAGGCAUCUCAGCAGGCCAUUGAGCGCGGAGUGAAGGACUGCGUGUUCAUCGACUACAAGCGACGCAGCGGCCACUUUGAUGUGACGACGGUGGCGUCCAUAAAGGAGAUCACAGAGAAGGACUCUCACUGCUUGCUUGACAUUGCCCCUCACGCCAUCGAACGCCUUCACAGCGUUCACAUCUACCCAAUCGUCAUAUUCAUUCGCUACAAAAAUGCCAAGCAGAUAAAAGAGCAGAAGGACCCUCAGUACCUGCGGGAUAAGCUCUCCCAGAAGCUCUCCAAGGAGCAGUUUGAGUCGGCCCAGAAGACCGAGCAGGACUACAGUCGCUUUUUCACAGGCGUUGUUCAAGGAGGCAGUGUCUCCUUCAUUUGCACUCAGAUCGCCGCCAUUGUUGAGCAGGAACAGAAUAAAGUUGUGUGGAUCCCUGACGGGGCGCCGUAAAAAAAAAAAAAAGAACAUCCCAGGACAUCAAUUAUGGCAUGCUUCAAAUAACAUCCGACAUUUUAACUCUUUCAAGUUCCACUAAGCAUUGUCAGCACUGAUGAUCAUGUUAUAUGCACACUAUAUUGGAUAGUGAUGUACUGUACGACACAUAGUUGUUUACACUAGUAUUUAAUACUACUUGAAUAAAUGCUUUGCUAUCUACAUGUAGCACUCCUUUUUAAAAAAACAAAACAAAAACACUUUGGACCACCAUGCAAGCUAAUAUUUAUGUAUAUUUGAUCAAAUCAUUCAAUUAGAAGACACAGUAUAUUUCAGUUAAUGCUGGCAUUGUGAAAUGUUUAUUUUCAUUUGGUUUCAUUACGUCCUGCCUUUUUUCUUUUUACGUUUUCUGAUCUUCAUCAUUUCAGUCAUUGUGCCGUGCCAAGCUGAUAUUUAUUAUUCAGCGCCAUCAAAGCUAAACAGCGGUCUGCGUGUUCUACUUCAAUUGCCUAUUUUAUUUUAUUUGUGUUCCUAGAGAAAAAGAUGUUUUUACUUGUGGUUCAUGAUUGGUUAUCAUAUUUUAACACAUCUUCAACAUUUCAUCUUCUGAAAGCAUUUGUCAAAGUGCAAGUUCUGCAUUGAUUAAAAAAGGGUACGACUAA